AUGGUUCCCACGAAGCUCCACUGCUUCUUUGCUGCUUUCGCCGCCUUCCUCGCCUUUUCGUCGGAGGCAUUUUCUCCGCAUUCAAAUUCUGUUCGACAGCAGACUCUACUCUUCAGUAUCAGUGACGAUGAAGCCAAAAACAUUGUAUGGAGGCAUGUGAAAAAGCCAUUGCUACGACUUGGUUCGAAAGGGGCCUCUGCCUCGCAUGGAAACUCACUCAAACAGCUUUUGGAAGAUCAUACUGCUGUCAAGGUCAAAGUGAACACCAUGCCAUAUGACGGAUCCCUACAGAAUGCCUAUGAUGCACUUCGUGACUUGGCGGUGGAGAACGGCGCACCUGAGACGAUCGAAUUGAUUCAGAUGAAAGACAGCGACAAGAUCGUUCUAAUUGGAUCACCAGGGAUCAUUGACCAAGUGAAGGCAGGAUCAUUUCCACCACCACCACCGCCACCACCCCCUUCGCCGUCAUCGUCAGACGAAAGGGAGGAAUACUAG